AUGCCAACAGACAUCUCCACGUUCGCAGCAAAGCAGCUGUCUCUGCUUGACAGCGAGCUUCAAGCAGAGCUGGAAGAGACACAGCUACUUACCUCCACACACGCACCAACAGUUCUUCAACGAGCAGGUCUUGCCCUCCUGAACCUGACAGUCUCUUCUCAACGAACAGGCUUUGGGGGCAAGACCUUACUAGAGCUUUCUCUUGAUUCCGCUGUGGGAAGCGGUGAACUACCCGAACAUGGUCUCCGGAUUGGCGAUAUCGUGGCGGUUGCCGAACAGCCCAGAGGAGCAGAACGCAAGAAAGACCGCGAGGGCAUGGAGAAGAGAGGUGUGGAAGGCGUAGUUACGAAACUACAGAAGGAGGCUGUAACGGUAGCGUUGGACAAAGACGAUGCGGAAGCACCAAGUGGUGGCAAUAAGCUAUGGCUUGUCAAGCUAGCCAAUGAUGUUACGCACAAGCGUCUCAGUCAGACCAUGACCAGACUGCAGAAAAUGCAGCCUGCUGAGCACAGUGUUCUCACACAAGUCUUGUUCGGGCACUCUUCGCCUACGCCUAUCGCCAAGGAUGAUCUCAAUGCGAAAAUCACAUGGCAUGAUCCUUCCUUGAACGAGAGCCAACAAGGAGCUAUAAGGUUCGCACUGGCAAGUCGGGAAGUGGCACUCAUACAUGGCCCGCCAGGUACGGGCAAGACGCAUACCCUCAUUGAACUCAUCCUUCAAUCGCUUGAUCGUGGCCAACGACUUCUUGUCUGUGGUCCCAGCAACAUCAGCGUCGACAAUAUCGUCGAGCGUCUAUCUUCGCACAAAGUGUCCAUGGUACGCUUAGGACACCCAGCUCGCCUGCUACCUGGCGUGCUGAAUCAUAGUCUCGACGUGCUAACGAAGACGAGCGAUGCUGCAACAAUCGUAUCAGACAUUCGAUCAGAGAUGGAUGCCAAGCAAAGCUCAAUCCGCAAGACACGCAAUGGUCGAGAGCGUCGAGCCAUCUACGGCGAGCUCAAGGAUUUGAGAAAGGAGUAUCGACAACGCGAGAGUCGAGUUGUGUCGGAUCUUUUGCGCGGCAGCAAAGUCGUGCUAAGUACUCUUCAUGGUGCGGGCGGCUUCCACCUCAAAGACGAGAAGUUCGAUGUCGUGAUUGUGGACGAGGCGAGUCAAGCGCUGGAAUCACAGUGCUGGAUACCUGUACUCGCCUGUGGUGCCUUGAAGCUUGUGUUGGCCGGUGACCAUCUGCAGUUGCCGCCAACCAUCAAGUCGUUGAACUCCAAGCAGGCCAAAGCCAGUAAGAAAGCAGCCAAGGCUAAUGUAGACGAAGUAGCUACGAAUGUGGCGAGUAUCAGCGUUGACGACAGUGAGAAGUCUAGGGAUGGUAAGAAGGGAAAAGAAGAGGACAACACCCUCGAAACCACUCUCUUCGAUCGCCUAAUUGUGUUACAUGGCGACGGUAUCAAACGAAUGCUCACGACGCAGUACAGAAUGCAUGAAAGCAUUAUGUCGUAUCCUUCGAAAGCACUGUACGGGAGCAAGCUUAUUGCUGCCGAAAGCGUCAAGGCACGACUACUGAAGGACCUACCAUAUCCUGUGGAAGACACAGAUGACACGCGAGAGCCUCUCGUUUUCUGGGAUACCCAAGGAGGUGACUUUGGAGAGAAAACCGAGGACGAUGAUUCUGGUGCCAGGGGUAAGAGUAGUCUGCUUGCCGAGAGUAAAGUGAAUGAGCAUGAAGCGGCUAUCGUACGCUUGCAUGUUGGCAGACUUAUCGAAGCUGGCGUCAAAGCAGAGGACAUUGCCAUUGUGACGCCUUACAAUGGACAGCUUGCCCUGCUCUCGCAAACGCUCAAAGACAGGUUUCCAGGUCUCGAGCUUGGUAGUAUCGAUGGGUUUCAAGGUCGGGAGAAGGAGGCUGUAAUAGUCAGUCUUGUGCGAAGUAACCCUGAGCACGAAGUCGGCUUUUUGGGCGAGAAGCGUCGUCUGAAUGUGGCCAUGACCAGGCCGAAACGACACCUCUGUGUGGUCGGCGACUCAGAGACAGUGGGCAGAGGCUCUAAGUUCUUGAAGGGGUGGAUGGAGUAUCUGGAGGAGAAUGCGGACUUGAGAUAUCCUGAUCCGAGCGAGCUGCAAGAAGAUGGAUGA